AGUGUCAUGGCGAACAAGAAAGAUAAGAGGUUCAGUGAUAGCACGGCCAUGGUGCGCAAGAGGUCGCCGCCGAGGCCAACAACACUGCACGAGGUCCCCGACAAGCUCCUCGAGCUCAUCCUCCUUCACUUGAGCUCGCCGCUCUGGCUCAUCCACGCCGCGGCCACAUGCAAGCGAUGGCGCCGCAUCAUCGUCGACAGAAGGUUCCUCUGCAACAUUUCCAACAGCGACCCCUCAUCCGUUGUCGCAGGCGACUACCAUAACCACGCAUCCCCCGUCGACGGCCGUCGCCACGUCUUUGUUCCCUCUUCGCCGGCGCUCGCUGUCGGUAGCCGCCACUUCUCUCUCGACUUCCUCCCUGCGGGUGGCGGCACCUCAUGGGAGAUCAUCGACAGCUGCUACAGCCUCCUCCUCCUCGCCAAGAAGAAGACCGGGUGGAGACGCCACUGCUUGCCGGACCUCCUCGUCUGCGAGCCGGUCACGCAGCGCUACAGGCUAAUCCCGCGCAUGGAGCACAUGAAAUACGAGCGCUGCCUCACUGUGUUCCUCCAUGGCUGCCACAGCAGAGGAGCCACCACGAGGAGAGGCCACACCAUUGAUGUCAUGUUGAAGUUCAAGGUGAUCUGCGUGCUCCACCUCCUCCCAUUGCCGGACCACAUCCAAGGGAUGCCUUCCCGAGUCUUCCGCAACGAUGACGGCGAGGCGUGCCUUGUUUGUUUGCAGGGCAGCAGCCUUCACGUCUUUGCUUAUAACGAUGGCGACUGGGACCUUGAGGAGAGCCUCGAAUUAAUGGAGGCCACUUGUGGGCUGGAAGGGUACAAGGAUGAGUAUUUCCGGGUGCCUAUGAAGAUUGUCACGGCCAGCACGAUGUCUAUCGUGCUUUCACCGGCAGAUCAGACAUGGCAAUUCUCAGUCGAUCUCGAGACAAUGGAGGUGACGAGAUACAAAAACAAGACUCAUGGUUCUCCAAGUGUGGCUUAUCCAUGUGAGCUUCCAUGGCUACCUGCUAUCCAUGCUUGUAUGCUGCCGUCGACGUCAGACAACGCCGACAUCCUGCGCUCGUCCAUCAACACACGCCCAGCAGCGAGACCCCGCUGCUCCAUGCCGCUGGGAACCGCCGUUGUCGACGUGUCAGAUGCAACGUCGCACCUCCUUCGCGAACACCACCUGCUGCCACUUGUCCCAUCCCCUCCACCUGCAGUUCCUCUGCACUCCCAACCGAGCCCCAAGACCCCUGACGACACCUCCAGGAAGGUCAAGACGUGA